AUGAACAAGGUGACAGUAGCUUACAUUUGCAUUGGUUGCAUAACCUUAUCAGUGAUGGCAUGCCUUCUAAUUUGUAUUUUAGGGAUAGUUUCCCCAAUUUAUAGAAAAUAUCCUUCCAAGUGUUAUUUUUCAUAAUAUUUUAGAAUCAUAGUCUGGAUCUCUUGCUUAUAUAUAUUACUAGGCGUAUUUCUCUAUAUUGAUCAAACCAUCGUUAUCAUUUACGGCAAUAACCCUUACAAUCACUCAAAAUUCAAUAAAAUACAAAUGUUAACCUCAUCCCUAAUAGGAAUUACUAUCACUCUAAUCUCAAAUUAAUUUAUCCUAUUUUUGAAUGAAGUAAAAAUUUGUAUUUACAACCCAUUUUAAGCUACCUCCUCCUCCGUUUUCAUAUUUUUAUUAUUAUUACAAUGUCUACUAACUAUGGUAAUGAUAGUUAUACCUCUACUAUUAUUGUAGGAACUUCAUCAUUCUAACACCAACGCAAUUAACACACUAAAUGAUAUGGCAUCCUACAUUAAUUUUGUUAGUUGUUUGAUUUGCACUCUCUUCUACAUCGCCAUAUGGAUAAUUUUGAAUAAAAAUAAGACACUAUAAAGUAGGAGACUUUACGAAUUUAAGUCUGAUUUUGUCAAACAACAAUUCUAUUGGAUAUCUGCAAUUUUGGCGAUUAAUAUAAUUACCUCGUUUGACAAUUACAACCUGACUAAGGCUUAUGAAUAAUUGGUCUUAAAAAUUGCCUUGAGUCUAGAAGGUCUAUUCUUUGCUAUUUUUCAUCUAAUCCAACCGUACUCCUAUCACAAACUCUUAUCGGUGUUCUUUAGAUCCUUUCAGGACCAGUCCUACAUCCAAGAUAUUGAAAAUAUUGAAUAUGGAUUAAAUACUGAUAUUCAUAAUCGACUGAUCCCUACGUAUGAGAAACUACUCAAAACCUAAAUCAAUGAACUUGUCAAGGGAUUGGUUAAAGCUGUCUUUGCUAGUCUGAUUAUGCAAUUUGAUCAUCAUUUGAAGGAAAGGGAGAUCAAAAGAACUUACACAUUUAAAUUUCACUUAUCUGAAUUAAAUGAGAGCAGAAUUUCUUUAAAUGAAGAAGACGACGUCAAAGAUUCAAUCAUUUUAGUUAAUACAUACUAUCCAAAUGGUUUUACUUCUCUUUUGAAAUUGAAUAAUUUUAAUAAGAGUAUCUUAGAAUACACUUUGGAAUUGUAAUACAAUUACAAGGCUUUUGAAUAGGCAAAGGAAUCCAUGGGCAGAAGUGGGGCAUUUUUCUUUUAUAGUCAAAAUCAUAAACUCAUUCUCAAAACAGUGGAAAAGUCAGAGAUUAAAGAUUUUUUAGAUGGACGAAUUGGUCCAUAUUUUGAUCACAUCAAUUAUCAUAACAAAUCACUAAUUGCUAAGAUUUAUGGAAUCUUUAAAAUUAAACUGAUGGCCUAUAAAACGUAAUAUUUAGUAUUAAUGGAGAAUUCAUUUGAAUAAAUGUAAAAUUUGGAACAUGAAUACGAGAUAUAUGACUUAAAAGGUUCAACUAUCAAUAGAACCUCAAGAUCCGAUGAAAGAGUAAAGAAGGAUAAUAAUUUUAAACAAUCUACUCGCAAUCCUAUAAGCUUGCCCAAAGAGAUUUCUAAUGAAAUAAAGAAAUAAUUUAUGGAUGAUUGCAGAUUUCUUAGGGAUAUUGGAUAUAUGGAUUAUUCAUUGCUAUUGGGAAUUUGUCUUGAAAAACCAUAAUAAAUCAAUAACAAUGAUUAUCGACUUGUCACCAAUGGAGCCCAAAACACAAUAUAUUCAUUUUCCAUAAUUGAUUAUUUAUAAAGAUUCAAUUACUACAAAAAAAGUGAAUAAUGUUUCAAAAGGAGCAUUCAAUUCAAAAAGAAGAAAGAUUUAUCUUGUCGAAGUCCAGAACCUUAUUGCCAAAGAUUUCUAAACUUUAUUGAUUCAAUAAUUGUUUGA